CUCAUAGUCGCAUUCUCAAGUCUCUCUUCUUUCUUUCGCAACAAUAUUUUUCCUGCUUCCAUUUACUGAAGAGAAAAAAACAUGUCAACUAAAAAAAAGGUAGUGGAAAUCAAAGAAGAUUCGAACUUGUUUGAACUUGUCGGAAGCAUAGUAGAGAAGGGGUUUUCUUCAGAAUCAUCAUCACAAUCCUGCAACAAGAGGAAUCCUAUUUCUUUCCCUCAACCCACUGUUCUUCCUUUCCCUGUUGCCCGUCAUCGCUCCCAUGGACCUCAUUGGGCACCUUUGGGAAGUGAAAUGGAUGUUGAGGAUGGCAAUGAGGAUGAGGAUGAUAAGGAUUUUAACACUAUACCAUCUACCUUUGCUGUUCCUAUACAAAAGAAAGAAAAAAAGGGGUUAAGCUUUAAUAACUGGAAGGAAAUUCUUCAACGGGAUUCUUUAAGCAAAGGAACUGGAGUUGCUAAGCCUACGGUACGGCAUUCGGUUAAAGGAAAGCGAGAAAGAGAAGAAUCUGGUAACAUUGCCAAGAACAGUACUUGUGAGCCAUUUUUGUCCAGGUCUAUGGAAUUUGAGAGAGUACCAAGUACAAGUACUGAGACAGUAAUGAGUUCAGCAAUUGGUGUUAGGAAUGUGGACCAAGCAAUGCUGGAUUCUUUUCUUAAGAAUGUGGAGAGGGAGCAGGUUUCUACACCUCUUGAGGUGCAAAUUGACGAGGAAAAUCGUUCCCGCUUACAACAAAUGUCACAUGAUGAGAUUGCAGAAGCUAGAGCUGAGAUACUGGAGAAAAUGAAUCCGGGGUUAUUAGAGAAACUGAAGAAACGAGGAGAAAACAAAGUUGGAAAGGCUAAAAAUUUGCAAUCAAAUAGAGAUACUGGAUGUGAGACAGGUAGUCGUCUGGAUGCGAAACCGAUUAGUGAGGAUUUAAAGAGCAAAGAGGGUUCACCCUCCGCAGAGGCUAAAUGUUCUCCAGCAAUGACUCCCAAGGAUGUUCAAAUUGGUGGUAUGAAAAUAUCGAACAAACCAAGUAGUGAGAUUUGGAAUGCCUGGAGUGAGAGAGUCGAGGCAGCAAGGAUGUUAAGGUUUUCUUUGGGUGGUCAUGUUUCUGGUAUUGUUCCCAAGCACAGUCAAUAUAAUGCUGAUAAUAUUGCUGAACGCGACUUCUUACGCACCGAGGGGGAUCCUGGUGCUCUAGGAUAUACAAUUAAAGAGGCAAUAGCCCUUGGUAGAAGCAUGGUAGCAGGACAACGAUCCCUUGGACUGCAGCUCCUUGCAUCUGUCUUUGAAAAGGCUUUAUUUAACCUGCAACAAAGUGAAGUUGGCUGUGAUAUGAAAAAACCUUGUACCAAUGACAAGUCCGUUGACUGGCAGGCUGUCUGGGCUUUUGCUCUUGGACCAGAACCUGACCUUGCUUUGUCUCUGAGGAUGGCUUUGGACGAUAACCACAUUUCUGUAGUUUUGGCCAGUGUAAAAGUUAUACAUUGUUUGUUGAGCUGUGACAUGAAUGAACGCUUCUUCGAUUUGUCACAGAAACUGGCCACUUAUGAUAAAGAUAUGUAUACUUCCCCUGUAUUUAGAAGUCGACCAAAGAUUGAUGUUGGUUUUCUCCAAGGAGGCUUUUGGAAGUACAAUGCAAAACCUUCAAGCAUUAUCCCUUCAGGUGAUGAGGCAGUUGAUGCUGAAACUGAGAACGAGCGUACUAUUCAAGAUGAUAUUGUUAUUGCUGGUCAAGAUAUUGCGUCGGGGCUGGUUAGGAUGGGACUUCUUCCCAGAAUUUGCUAUCUUUUGGAGACAGAUCCUGCUGCGGGUUUGGAAGAAUACCUCGUUUCUAUACUUAUUGGAAUAGCCAGGCACUCCCCAACCUGUGCAGAUGCUAUUAUUAAAUGCCCUAGGCUUGUUCAAGCGGUUGUUAGCAGGUUCACUGGGAAAGACAGCCAUCCUUCUCCUUCUAAGAUAAAGAUCAUCACCCUUGUAAAGGUACUGGCUCAGUCAGACAAGAAAAACUGCGUUAACUUUAUCGAAAAGAGGAUAAUCUUGGCUGUAAUGUGGAAUUUGUUUAAAGAUCCAGUGUCCCUUGACCUCUGGAUGAAAUCAGGGAAAGAAUACUGCAAACUCAUGUCUGCUAUGAUGAUUGAACAACUACGCUUAUGGAGAGUCUGCGUUGAGUAUGGGUAUUGCGUAUCUUACUUCACUGAUAUUUUCCCUUACCUGUGCAUGUGGUUGGGUCCUCCUUCCAACAAACUCAUAGAGAAUAAUCUCCUCGGUGAAUUUGCUUCCAUCACAAGGGAAGCAUACAUUCUUCUGGGUGCUCUUGUUAGAAGACUCCCGAACCUUCAUUACAGGGAACAGCUAAAAGUGCAACCACUAGAAAAUCCAAAUUGUAAUGCAGAAUCUUGGAGUUGGAGCUUUGUUAGUCCGAUGGUUAAGUUUGCACUAAAGUGGAUAUCCUUUGAGAGUGACCCUUGUCUCAGUGAAAUUUUUGGUUGCAACAAAAUAAGUAAUAACUCCCAAGAUCCUUCUUUGAGUAGUUGUUUGUGGGUUAUUUCAUCUGUUAUGUACCUGCUUAGAGGUAUACUUGUAAAAGUGGCACCAGAAGGUUCUAAUAGUUCGCAUGAAAGUGGAGGUCGUGUGCCAUGGUUGCCAGAAUUUGUCCCCGAAAUUGGACUUGCAAUCUUGAAAAACAGAUAUCUGAAUAUUGGUGAUACUGUACUUUCGGAAGGAGGCUCGUUAGUUAAGGACCUAUGUGAUUUGAGACUUCACAGUAAUAUUGAAAUAUCGUUAUCGUCUGUUUGUUGCCUUCAUAGGCUAGUUCAGCUUAUAGUUUCUCUGGACAAAUUGAUACAGCUAGCUAAGAGAGAAAUUCAAAAAAUUUCCUCCUCAGAAAAUAACUUUUCAGGUGAGGGAGAUAUACUAGAGAGUGGAAUAGUUAUUUGGACCCAAGAUCAAUUGCGGAGUGUACUAGAAACCAUCAUGGCAUUGGUUUCCUCUGGGUGGGAGAAGGUGCAUGCCAUUGAGACAUUUGGCCGUGGAGGUCCUGCUCCAGGUGUUGGACUUGGUUGGGGUGCUUCCGGUGGAGGAUUUUGGUCAGGGUUGGUUUUACUUGAACAAACAGAUGCACGGUUGCUCAUGAACUUGCUUGAUAUAUUUCAGAUAGACUACGGAAGACAUAUUUCUACAGUUGACGAUGUGAACUUCACAUUUGUUGCUCAAAGGAUUAUUUCAGUGCUUGGAACAAGCUUAACUCUAGGACCAAGGGAUACCUAUAUCAUGGAGAAUGUGUUGGAUUUCUUACUCCAACCUUCAGUUCUGAAGUACCUGAAUCUCUUUGUUUGCCAAUUUCUACACCUUAAGAGGUCUAUCAAUCCAUGUAUAUGCGCACAUAACGAGGAGGACUACCUGCGCUUCAGUAAGAUAUUAAAUUCCCACUUCAGAAAUAGAUGGCUAUGUGAAAAGAAGAAAACUAAAGUUGUAGAAGGUGGUGUUGAUCUCAGCCAGGAUACAUCUGAGAAAGGCGGCAAUGCUCUGGACACGAUUUACGAGGAUUCCGAGGACAAAUCAGAUGCUGUUGCUGGUAACCCUCAUUGCACUUCUUUGGUGGUAGAGUGGGCUCACCAGAGACUGCCCCUCCCUUUGCAUUGGUUUCUCAGUCCAAUCUCAACUGUUGCUGGCAUUGGAGGUGCUAUUGAGCUUCCAAAUGGCUCUGAUUUGCCAAAUAGCAUGUGUCCACCUAGCCCCGGAGAGGCUUUUGAUCUAGCCCAAAGUGGACUUUUCCUUCUUUUAGGUCUCGAAUCUCUAUCCACUCUCCCGAGCUCUGGCCUGCAAGCAUCUCCGGUUAGUCGCGUGCCGUUAGUGUGGAAAAUACAUUCUUUAUCUGUGGUUUUACUGGUUGGAAUGGGUCUGCUGUAUGACGAGAAUAGCAGGAACACAUAUGAAACUUUGCAAGAUCUGUAUGGACUACUUCUUGACGAAUCAAGAUGCCAAAGAAGCAUCGAACCUUUGGCGGAAAAUUCAUUGCUAGAAACCAGAAUUAAAGAUGCAGUUCUUAAGUUUCAGACAGAUGUCCAUGAGAGUUAUUCCACAUUUGUUGAGACUCUUGUCGAGCAAUUCGGUGCUAUAUCUUAUGGGAAUUUGGUCUAUGCUCGGCAAGUUGCAGUAUAUCUACAUCACUCUGUUGAGGCCCCUGUCCGGGUUGCUGCAUGGAAUGCACUGUCUGGUGCCCAUCUUCUUGAAUUGUUGCCACCGCUAGAAAAAUGCAUCGCUAAGGCUGAAGGAUAUUUAGUGUCUGAGGAUAAUGAAGGGAUUCUAGAGGCGUACUUGAAAUCGUGGGUGUCUGGGACUCUUGAUAAAGCUGCAGUUAGAGGAUCAAUGGCAUUUACUAUCGCACUGCACCAUCUCUCAUCUUUCGUUUUUCAAUAUACUGCGGAUGACAAGCUAACUCUAAGGAAUAAAAUUGCAAGGUCUCUUUUGCGUGACUUCUCGCGCAAAAAGCAACAUGAGGCCAUGAUGUUGGACUUGAUACGGUAUGCCAAGACUGGAACAUCUCAAGAGCAUAAAUUGGAGCCGGAAACAAGUGAAAUUGAGAAAAGAUUCAAGAUUUUAACAGGAGCCUGUGAAGGAAAUUCUGCUCUUCUUUCUCAAGUUGAGAAGCUCAAGUCUUUCUUUCUCCACUGAACAGAUUAGAUCGUGCUAUAUUGUUGUGUUGCUGAGGUUACCCACCAUGUUACUCCGCCUCCCACUCUUUUUGUCUCUCUUACUGUGUUUCAAAGGAGCAUGCUGUUGCAUUGAGGAAUUUUGUAUAUGAUCGUAUCAUGUGUAGAAACCAAGAUUUAAUACAAGCUUUGUAAAAAAAAUGACAAUUCGACAA